AUGCCAGAGCAAGCCCAACGAACUAAAACAGCACUUGUAACUGGAGCCUCUUCCGGUAUCGGAUUCGAGUUGUGUAAAGAGCUCUCAGCUAGAGGGUUCAGAGUCUUCGGAGCCGCAAGAAGACUUGAGCCAAUGGAAAGUCUUCGAGAGUAUGGGGUAACUCCAUUGAAAGCUGAUGUAUCCGACCUGGACAGCGUAUUGGAGUUGAAAAAGAAAGUCAUUGAAUUGACCGAUGGAAAGUUAGAUUUGCUUUAUAAUAAUGCUGGCCAAUCAUGUACUGUUCCUGCUCUAGAUGUUUCUGACGAAUGGGCAUUGCAAUGUCUUCAAGUGAAUGUUUUAGGCCCAAUCAGGAUGACCAGGGAAUUUGCACCCCUGUUGAUCGCUGCCCAAGGGAUCGUUGUGUUUACGGGAUCGCUUGCAGGUAUCUGUCCUUUUCCCUGGGGAUCGGUUUAUGGAGCUUCCAAGGCUGCUAUUCACCAAUAUGCAUCAGUAUUGCACCUCGAGUUAGAGCCAUUGGGUGUCAAAGUUUUGAACGUAGUUACUGGAGGUGUCGACACUAAUAUUGCUGACACCAGAGACUUGCCUAAGGACUCUGUUUAUGCAUCCCCUGAAAUGCUAGAGGCCUUUGAACUAAGAAAAAAGAUGGCCGAGAAAAAUAAACCAAUGUCUCCAGCUACCUAUUCCAAGAAGGUAGUUAACGACAUCCUAAGUUCCAGAGAUCCGGUCCAUGUUUACAGAGGCAAGAUGGCUACAUUCAUGGGAAUUGUGAUGUACCUUGUCCCAACUCGAGUUAUCGAAUAUGCUUUCCGAAUCAAAUUCAAGCUAAACCCAGCUUUUGAUGCAUUAAGAGAAAAAUAUAGCAAGCGUAAGGUGGACUAA